CUCAUCGUGUACAUCAAAACUAUACAAUUAGUUUUUUAUUUAUCUACAUUUAAUGCUCCAUGCACGAGGUAAGAAAUUUGAUGUGAUAGGUGAAUAGUGAAAUUUGGAGAGAAAAAUUUUGGAACUGAACACAAACACAGCCAAUGUUCAAAUGAGCCGAUGCUACGGAAUGCAUCAAUAGUGCUGCAGGGUGAUGGCCAGCUCUCCUCUCAGGAUGUUCAGUGUCUUGUCAAGUUGUUGUGUCAAGCUGAGGCCGCUUGCAGUGAGCAGCCACUUCCCUCGUUUCGCAGUGAGCAUACAAGAAUGUCCAAAAAGAUCAACGAUGCAUUGAGUGCAUAUGCCGUGAUGCCGAAUGGGGAACCCAUGUACAAGCUCCAUACUAUAUGUGGUGUGAACAAAUACGUGUCCGGCCCAGUUGGCACUGUUGCUAAAUGCUAUCGCUCUCAUGUUAAUUUCCUGGCGACUCCCAAAGGCACUCAAUUUUCUGCUGGCAAAAAUCCAGUGCUUUUCUUCGGUGAGGUUAGCAAUGAUGACGAAGACAGAGCUGGAGCACAAUCCUUUUGCUGCAGUGUAUCUGUGCCAAUACCAUGUUCCCAACGAGUGCGGUGCCUUUUCUGUGACUACAUGGGUAUUAGGAUCGUGCAUCCUAUCGGGAAAGAUUUCCAUGGUUGCAAGUUGGAAUUUGAGAAGAUGGUAUGUGGAGAAGACCCGUGUAAUGACGAUUUCGUUCCUGAAGUGAUGCAGCCAUUUUACACCAACAUAGACAUCAUUGAGCAUAGCCAGGUCACUUCAGAUAGAGUUAAUGGUAGGGUGGAGGAGGACUGUCUUUACAGUGACCCCAGUGGAGAUAGUAACGAUGGGUAUGAUAGUGACCUAACUUUGCCGAGCGAUGAGUUUGAGGGUGAUUUGGGCUCCAUGGAUGAUGACUGUCCCCCUUAUUGUCGAGUAACAUCAUGUUCUAGAUGUUAUUAAGAUGUAUAAUUCGAAGCCUUGUGUUAACGAGAACUUUCUCUUAAGCGGAGUCUAAGAUGAUGCUCAUGUAAUUUAACAAGCGACUUAAUUUCCUACAAUGUUCAUAGACAAUUGUAUUUGGAAGGGCAAAUAGAUUGUUUGCAAAAUCC